GCCAAGGAGGACAAGGACUUCGCGGCCGAGCACGAGGAGCUGCGCCAGCGGCAGGCGCAGGAGCGCGAGGAGCGGCGGCGGCAGCGCGAGGCCGAGGGCGGCAAGUGCGGCGGGCUGAACGACCGGCAGGACCCCGAGGACCGGCGCGAGUUCGUAGACAACUCGG